AUGAUCAAUUUUUUGUCAGCGUUAGAAGAAAUGACCACACAAGAUUCCAAAGAAGUUACUAUUACUCAACUAUUCAAGGAUGUUGAAAGACUUGUUAGUCAAGAAGAGUAUGCGAAAGUUCUUAGAUCCGUUGAUAAAAUUCUUCAAUUAAAUCCAGAAGAUAGGGAUGCAUUACAUUGUAAAGUAAUAUCAAACAUAAGAUUAGGAAAAUAUCAGAAUGCAACGGAAAUUUUACAAAAAAAUUUUUCGGAUGAUAAUUUAAUAUCAGAAAAAGCCUAUUGUUUUUAUAGGUUAAAUAAAUUCGAUGAAUUAAUAAAUUUAUUAAGGCAAUAUAAAUUAGAAAAUAAGAAUGAAUUAAGUUUAAGGCAUAUAGAAGCUCAAUUGGAUUACAAUGCUUCGCUUGAGAUUUACUAUGCGCUGCUAAAAGAAACCGAUAAGAAUUUAGACGUAUAUAACGAUAUCCUUACAAACUUCAAUGCUGCUAAAGCGGCUUUAUUAUUUUCAGGUGGUGAUUUAGACGUGAAGUAUGCGAUGAAGGAAUCACUUGAUACUUAUGAAUUAGCUUACAAUACAGCUUGUGCAUAUAUUGGUCAGAAAGACUACGUGAAAGCCGAGAAAUUAUUAAACACGGCAAAAAAAGAUUAUACAGAAGACAAGAUUGAAAUAGAAUUGGGAACAAUCAAGGUUCAAUUAGGAUACGUUUAUCAAUUACAAGGAAAAAUUUCGGAAGCGAUUGAAAUUUAUCAAAGCGUUCUCAAAGUAAAAGGAAUGGAAGUGUCAGCAUCCGCUAUUGCAUCAAAUAAUUUAGUUGCCGCAAAAAAAGAUUCUGAAUUAUUUGAUUCUGCAAGGAAAUUAAGAUAUGCGGCAUGUCAAGAUUUGGCUCGUAAAUCAUUACAAAUCUAUCCGGAGAAUGAUGAUUUAUAUUUAUUAAUAGCGUCAACAUCAUUUCUACAAAAAAAAAUUAACAAAUCGAUAUCAGAUUUACAAGAAUUUGCUAAGCAAAAACCCGAAUCUUUGCAUAUAAAUUUCGCAUUAAUGCAAUUACAAUUGUUAACUUCAAGUCCAAAUAAUGCAUUAGAAACUUUUGAAAAAUAUAUAUCAUCUAUUAAAGAUGAUAAGCAACGUUAUAAAUCAGGUUAUGUUGGUUUAUUGGUUUGGCUUUACGAACAAUCCGGUAUGCAUGAUAAGGCCAUUAAAACCUUAGAAGAUGCUGGUACUUUUUGGAAAAGUACCACUUCAUCGAAUGAAAGCACAUCAAUUCUUAAACAAUCGGCAGCGUUUAAAAUUAAAACGGGACGUUAUCAAGAAGCUGCACAAGAUUACGAAAAACUUGUCAAAAUUGAUCCGUUAGAUACACAGGCAAUAGCUGGUUUAGUGUCGGCUUAUUCUCAUUACGAUAUUGAAAAGGCUGAAAAGUAUGUGACUUCUUUACCAGAAAUCAAUUCUGGUGAUGGCAUGGAUAUUGAUGUGGAUUCUAUUGAAAAGUUCGUGCCUGGUGUAAAGAAAAGUUACAAGAAAACUGAUACUAAAAGUGAUGGACUUUCUCAAAAGACUCAGGUGAAGAAAAGGAAGAGAAAACCUCUUCUACCAAAGAGUUAUGAUCCUAGCAUACCUCCGGAUCCCGAACGUUGGUUACCUAAACGUGAAAGGUCUACUUUUAAAGCAAAAGGAAAACGUAAACAAUUAAUGAAAGGUGGUUCCCAAGGCACUGCUAUCGUUGGUGGAGGCAUUGGUGGUACCGGAAGUGCUAAUAUUGCAGGAAAAAGUGUGGUUUCUGAUAGUCAAGCUGCAGUUAGUGGUGGUGCCAAUACUGCGCAACAAGAAUCAACUGUUCAACAUCAGCAACCACCUAAACCUAAAACUGAUAAUAAGAGCAAAAAGAAGAAAAAGAAAGGAAGUAAAUGGUAA